CCACAUCUCAACGCUCCCCUUUCUCUCUCUAAACAAACAUCCAUCCAAUCUGUGAAGCUCCUCGAAUCAUCUCUUUGUAACGGAGGCUGCGAAGAAUCGGAAUAGCUCAGAUGACGAAGGACCAGUGGUUGGAGGCGGCGCUUACGAACGAUGCGAUGGUGGCGGAGCUUCUGUUACGGAUGAAUCAUUCCUCCUCUUCAGAUUCGUCGAAAGCAACUAUAAAGUCUACAACGCUCUUACCAUCCUUCAGCUGGGGCCAUCGGAAGAAUCGAUCGAAAUCCACGGCUCCGACGACCACCGUCUCAAACGGAUUCGGUAAAGAACACCGUGGUAGCCCUACCACACAUCUGUCGUGGAGCGGUGGUGGCGGCUCAACAAGCGAUGGAUACGACGAAUCUAGUCGGCCUUCAGAUCUCUCAUCGGGAAGCAGAUCCGUCAAGGCAAACGAAGUUGCUUCCACAUCAAAGUCCCAUCGAAGAAAGUCGUUUCACGAGCUUAAAGACGAAGAACAGGAAUUAGCGUCGAUGCGUUCGAAUUUGAAUCACGAAAUAGCUAAAAGUGAGAAUUUGAAACGAAUUAAGAUCGAUUUUGAUAAAAAUCCGAUGGGAAGAACAGUGGGAAUCAGAUCUAUUAGAGUAGUUGAAGAAGAAGAAACUAAACGAGGAUUUGAAUUACCGGAUCUAAACAUGACUCCGAAUGAGGAAGAAUCGGCGAUGAUGAUGAUGAUGAGCUGAGAAAAAGGAAAAUCUCUGGUUUUUCUUGAUCUUGACUUGGUAUAUUAUAUAGAUGAAGCAGCAGUGAAGAAGGUUUUUUUUAGUAUAGGACUUUGAUUAAUAUAAGAUUAGACGAAGAAUUGUAAAAAAUUUUGGUAACUUGUAGCAGAAGCAGCUUUGAUUUUCAUUGAUCAAGUUUAUUUGAUUUGUUUAGUUUCGGGUUUCUAUGAAAUUAAUAUUCGUCAUCG